AUGACCAUCCCCGCCGCCUCCAUCCCGUCCUUCGCGACCCCCGAAACGGCGAUCCCCACCCUGCCGGCCGAGACGCCCAUCCUCGGUCGUCGCGUGCUCGCCCCGCCCGAGCGGUUCGAGUACCAGCCCAGCUCUCGGCACGUUCGCGGCGUGCUUGGUAACACUGCCAUCGUCGACAGCAGGCAUCAGCUGCUCGUGUGGGAACCGGGAGCCAAGGGCCCCGACUACGCCUUUCCCCUCGCCCACGUCCGGACCGACCUGCUCGUGCCCUCCACGGCUGGCGAGGACGCGUCGGCCAAGUACGUCCGCCCCAAGACCGAGUUCGUGACCUGGUUCGACCUGGUCGUCGAUGGCAAGACGAUCCCCCGCGCGGCGUGGAAGUACGCCAUCCCCGGCCUCGAGGAGUACAUCGCCAUCAGCUGGCACAAGGAGGUCCUCGACACGUGGUACGAGGAGGACGAGGUCGCGUGGGGCUCGCCCCGCGACCAGCGCAUCGACAUUGCCCCGACCAAGCGCCACAUCGUUGUCAAGGUCGACGGUGUCGUGCUCGCAGACACGACCGGGGCGAUUGCCCUCUUUGAGCGCGGCUACGCAACCCGCUUCUACAUCCCUGCCUCCGACGUCAAGAUUGAGCACCUCGCUCCCGUCGAGCUCAAGACUGUGUGUCCCUUCAAGGGCCAGUCGAGCUACUUUGCCGUCAAGGGCACCGAGACCCCCAUCGCAUGGUUCUACCCUCAGCCUAUUCUGUCCGUUGAGCCAAUCAAGAACCACGUCGCGUUCUGGAACGAGCGUGUCGAGCUUAUUGUUGACGGCGAGCCUUUCGCCGACACCCCCAAGGUGUGGGCUUAG